UUUUAAACAUAAAAUUGCACGGAUCAAAGUAGAACUCUCCUGUGACCUCCUCGCCUCAAAGGCCUGUGUUUAAUAGAGCCGAUCCCAGUUCCCAGCCAGUUGCAUAUACCACUGAAGGAAAAUGAACAUACUGAACAGCCACCACUUCUGGUACUUUCUGCCUACCACACGCCUUGUCAUCUUAUUAGCAGCUUUGACGACUGCUGAGGACGUGACUAAUAGCACUUUCAACCGCACUGAAGUGGGCACGGGAUCUGUGCCUGUGGUGAUCUCCCGCAUCGACCAUAUUAUAGUCAAGGAGGGGAGUAGUGCCUUGAUCGACUGCAAUGUCCAAGGUAGUCCGAGUCCACAUUACAGAUGGUACAAUUCCAAUGGCCGCCUGCUCCAAGAGGAAGAGAAUAAAGCAGGAAAAUGGUGGUUUCUUGACAAUGGGCUAUUAAACAUUACCAGCGUGUCUUUUGAAGACAGAGGUAAAUACACGUGUGUCGCAUCUAACACGUAUGGCAGUGUUAACAAUACUGUGACGCUGAGGGUUGUUUUUACCUCCGGAGAUAUGGGAAUCUAUUACAUGAUUGUCUGCCUUGUAGCUUUUACCAUUGUUAUGAUACUGAACAUUACUCGGCUAUGUAUGAUGAGCAGUCAUCUGAAGAAAACAGAGAAAGCAAUCAAUGACUUCUUCAGAACAGAAGGGGCAGAGAAACUCCAGAAAGCUUUUGAGAUUGCGAAGCGCAUCCCCAUUAUCACUUCAGCCAAAACGCUCGAGCUUGCCAAAGUAACACAGUUCAAGACCAUGGAAUUUGCUCGCUAUAUCGAAGAGCUUGCUCGGAGCGUACCUUUGCCACCUCUCAUCAUGAACUGCAGGACUAUAAUGGAAGAAAUUAUGGAGGUUGUCGGUCUGGAGGAGCAAGGACAGAAUUUUGUACGGCAGACAGCAGAAGGCCAGGAAACCACUGAAACAGAUGAGCUCUAUAUGAUGCCGAAUGCUUUGAAGCGCAGUGACUCUCCCACAGCUGACUCUGAUGCAUCAUCACUGCAUGAGCCACCUCAACAGAUUGCAAUAAAAGUGUCAGUUCACCCGUUGUCCAAAAAGGACUGCAUGGAUGGCCAGUCACAAGAAAGCAUGCAGUUGGACACCAAGGAAGAAGACACACCUCAAACACCAGCACUUCCUGCAGAGCCCCUUCCUGAGCCUUCUGCUGAACUCAGUUCUGAUGACACAGCGUUGGCAAAUGACAAAAAUACAUGCGUUAUAUAUGAAAGCCAUGUAUGAUAGUUACUCCUGAAUCUAUGCAUAGCAGGAAAAUCAGGUGGAGCUCUUUUAAAAAUACAUAUUGUACUUGCCGCUAAGCCUUACCUGGAGACUAUCAUAGCAAAAGCAUGUAUGUGGAUUAUUUGGCACUUUUCUUCUCAGUUUGACUUUACCAUGAUGUAUGGCAGAGUAAUUGCUAUUACAUUAAUAUUAAUUGCUCUUUUCGAUUAGGAGUAUUUCCAAGGAACAUUUACCUCAGCAUUUUCUAGGUUGGAGUCACCUGUAGUGGCCUGCUGGUAGUCAAUGGUAGUCUUUGAUGUAGGACACUUGAACUUACUAAACAUAAAACUGUUUUUUAUUUUCCUCCUUCACUCUCAUUAUUUCCAUCUAUUGCAUUUUUGCAAAUAUUAUCUUCUGAAUUUGAAAUAUUGCCCAAGAGGCAGCACUCCAGUAGCCAAAUAAAAUCCUAAUAGAUCCCAUUUACAAAGCCUGUUUGCUCAGCUGCAUUGUGAUUUAGAGGGCUAUUAAAGAAAGUUAAAAUGUUUCCAAUUCAUUUGAGACCACACUGCUUAGGCACAUGGGAAAUAGUUUUCCCUUUUCCAUGGAAUGAAGAUGCCAACAAUUGGUUUUUUUCACAUCGAGAAACAGCUUUGAGGUAUAUUUUACAGAUGGGAAGCCCAUAGACAUCUUACAGAAAGUUGCAGUCCAACAGCUCUGCAGGGUGUUUUUUUUGCGUAUAUUUGACCAUUUUUUACUUUGCCAGAAGCUUAUGUGGAAAACAGCUGCAAAUAUGCAAGAUGUCUUGUUUUUGUAGUAAUUUGGUAGGAGAAAUUAUGUGCUACCUUACCAGAAGAUAUGCAGGUUCAUUAACAGUCCUGCAAAUGCCAGUAAUUGGCUGAUGACAAGUCUGAAAUGGCAGAAGACCCUUUUCUUGGAAUUCCCGAUUUUGUGCAGAUUCAUAUUCUGAGGAUCAAGCCUAAAUUAAUCUAUAAGCAUAAGUUUGAGAGUGUUUUAUCCAAACUAAAAAAAAUAAUAAAUAAAAUCAAGUGUCCUGUGAAAUUACAAUGACCAUCACACAAACUGUUUACUGUGUUAUAAUUGCUUUGGUAUUUUAAGAACCUCCUACCUAUGUAGGAUGUUCACUGCUCGAGUACAUGUGACUCUAUCCCAGUAAAGCUUUAAUGAUCACAGCAAUUGUGGCAUUAAAAAGGAUCAACAUUUAUGCCAGGAAAUGCCAGGAGUGGAAAGGAAGUGAUAAUUUCUAUUUCAGACGGACAAUAAGAAGAACUUUCUCCAGAGUCUGGAAAGAAAGCACUUACAAGGAGGAGUUUGUGUAGGAUUAAUAGCAUUAAUUACCUGACACAUAUUUAAUUUGAAACUAAUGAACAAACUAUCACCUUAUAGUUUUUAGGAAGGACUGUAGUGUAAGUAUAUAUACUCAAAAUUAAUCUGGAAUCAAGUAUAUUGCAGAAAAUGAAGUCACUUAGGUUUAUGGGGAGAUGAUGUGUGGCUGGCUUUCUGGACAUUUUAUCGAAGUAGCCACAUCUGCACAAGGUCUCUGUUGGAGGCAAUCAGGUACAUUAACUGCAUGGGUAGUUGAGACCAAACAAAGUCAAUGUUGCAGCUAUCUGAAAAAACCCUUGAUAGAACUGAGUUUUUUUGUCAACUUUCCCAUGUUAAAGUGCAGAGCUUCCCUAGCAGUGUAAUACAGGAACACCUUAUGACUUACGUAGGUGAUGCAGAGAAGGCUCUGUAUUUACCUAUACUUAUUUAAACAAAUACAUGUUUAAUAAUGGACUUCAGAUUUUGUGACCAACUUGUGAAAAUGACAGCAUUCAGUUGCCUAAUGUUCAUGCUCACCACAGUGGCAGGCAUCUAUACAAAAUGCAUUUGCACAAGCAAGGGCAAAGUCCUUCUAGGAAUGUGGCUGGAAAUAUUUGAGUUCCAGCGAAGCAAUAUAAAUCUAGAACACAGGGUAGAUUAAGAGAAUACCAUAAAGAACCUCACUUCUGACUGGUGUGAUUGAAAAUACUACUGAUGCAAACUGUUAACUUCUUGUCUGAGUCCAAAGUACAUUUCUGUUUAGUGUUCACAUCAGUUUUUCAAGUUACUUGAUUUGCUUCUGGUAUGAAAAAGGAUGAGGGCAGAAACAAAAGCAGGAACUUGCACUAAAUUCUUUUAAUUCACCUUAACCUCUUGGAAAGAAGCUUCUUGAUUUUUCUGCCUAUCCAGCAUUUAUGAACAAUGCUUAUGCAUUCUAAAGUUACCUGCCUGGUGCCCAACUGAGAUUGCACAGAUAAGCAAGGGUGUUCUCCUUGAAAGCAUAAAAAUAACUGUUGUGGUUUUUUAAGUUUCAAAAUUAUUUAUUAAACUAUAGUAUUUUAAUUUUAAUUACUUUUUAAUUAUGAACUUUUAACAGUAGAGACCAGCCCCUUUCAUAUAUUCACAUGGUGAUUGGUACCAGGCAGUUCUGAUCCUGACUGCUGCUCACAGGCUGUCCUGCAGCCUGUUUAUUAUUUAUUUAAUGAGAAACAUUGGAGAGCAAACAAUCCCCAUGGUUUUCUUCAGUAUCUUUGUAUAAACUUCCUUGAAGAUACAGAUUAUGGUUUUUUCCAAAGGUUGCCCACAAAGAGCAUGUAUUCAAAGUACACACAAACAAAUGUACAUUGCAAACCACAUAUGAGCAACAGUUAUUUGGAUUAGGUCCACGUAUCAGGUGUAGUGCAGAAUUCCUGCUGUUCCAAGGUCAAAGGGAACCUUGACUUUGCGGGAGCUGGACUGAGUCAGAGCUGAGAGUUCACAGGUAGGACUGGUCCAGCCAGUCUGCUAUAAAUUCUUUGGACGUUUAGCUUUGUGGUAUUACUGGAAUAAAGGCAGAACAGCACUGUAUCUGAAGAAAAUACAGAUUUUAAUGGCUCUGGUUUAUGUAUUUUUUUCUGUUUUCAUGUAUGCUGUUCAGUAUCUUUAUGCAUCCAUUGUGUAACACCUGUAAGCCUAUGGCUUUUUACAUGCUUUCAGACACUUUGUCGGAGAUAGAUGGGAAGCAAGACCCAAACCCAUCUUUCCUGUGCUAUUAUAAAGUAAACAAUUCUGUGUGGCAGUAUUUCUUAGGGAAUGGCCAUGUUAUGGUGCAACACAACUAACAAAUACAAAACUAGUGAUGGAUCUAAGAAAACCUUAACAUUUUCAUUGUUGUGUAUUUUCACGCACCUCAAAUGCUUCAGGGACAUUAGAGUGAUCUGUUUCCAUCACUGGACUAUGCACACCUUUUGUUCCAUUGUUCUAUUUAUUAUAUCACCAAACACUAAUGGUUCUUAAAACACUCAGGAUCUGGAAAAUCGAGUCCAACAGAAUUUGUGUUCUAAAAGCACAAGGAACACCAAGCCAGGCUUAGAAAGGGAAAGAGAUUUGCAGGAUAUAUUUACACCAUUUUAAAAUAUUUUUGCCAAAACGUCAUGAAACGUGACUAGAAUUCUGCAGCACAAGAAACCAGUGUUGGAUUUGAAUUUUACUAUUCUUUUAUCACUGAAUGUAAGACCAUAUUAGUCAGACCACUUGAACGUAGUACUCACUACCUACUUAUUCAACGUUUUCUUUUUGAGCAACAUUUGUUUACUCCUGAUCCUUUUUUGUUCUCCGAUUUGAGUAUGCUUGUGAUGAAACCUACACUCCAGUCAUUUUUUCAGAUUGUAAUUUAAAAAAUUUAAAAGAACCCGUAGAUCAGCAUUUUUAGGCAGGUUUAUUGGUAUUAGGUAAGGCACAGCAGUUUGCUCCUGUGCUUAAAAAUUACUGGAUAAUUAUAAGACUUGCAGAGUGGCAGAUAUUGAUUUUUUUAAAAUCAGUGCCUGUUUUAUUCUAAUGUACAUACUAUGUCAGCUCCUGAAUUUGCAAUUACCUUUUGACAAAAGUACUGUAAUGUAUAACCAGGGCUUUCUGAUGUUUAAUUUGGUUCAGAUCAACUAAUUCUGGAAAGUGUUAACAGUGUCGAAUUUUGAAAGUUCUCAUGGAAUACCUUGGCAGCAUGCUAUUUUAAGAGUUGGCCUCUUAGGUAUGCCAUACUUAGUUGGACAAUUGAAAGCUUCUUAGAUGCAAAGGAAAUGCUUGCACUAAAGUAUCUUAAGUUAUAUUUCAUUUAUUAUAAAAUCCUUUUUAAUUUUACAAGAAAUGUAAGACAAAUAUGAAUGUGUUCUUUUGAUUUGAAUAACUGUUAUGAUUUUAUAGUUCACAGCCGAAAACCACAGAGACCAGUUCAUGCUGAAGUGGCAAAAUGAAAUGUGAUCCAGCUUGUAAAUUGAUCAUUGUUUCAAUAAAGAAUUUGCACAGAGCA